AUGAGAGCGUUGAUUCAGCGCGUGCACUCGGGAUCGGUCUCUGUUCGACACUCCGAGUUGCACAAUCACGCGUUACCUCCCUCCCAUCCUUCGCAACCUGAACCGCAAUCGAUAAAGACAAUUGGAAAAGGGGCGGUCGUUUUCCUCGGCAUCAGUUCGGAAGAUACGCUCGCGGAUUGCGAUUACGUUUUACGAAAAACGAUGAGUGUGCGCCUUUGGCCGGACAAUAAUAACGACAACGCAGAAAAGAACAAACAGUGGACAAAGUCUUUGCUCGAUUUAAAUUUAGAUGUCUUGUUCGUGAGUCAGUUCACGUUACUCGCCGAGUGCACGAAAGGGAAAAAACCGUCCUUCAGUCGAGCGAUGACACCGAAAGAGGCGAAGGAAAUGUACGACGAGUUCCUUAAAAAAGCGAGAGAGGAAUACAAAGAGAAUGGAAUAAAAGAAGGUCAAUUUGGGGCGAUGAUGGACGUGCACAUAGAGAACGACGGCCCGGUGACCGUUCUCAUCGAUAGUCAAAAUAAAGGAGGAUGA